UAGGAUGGUAGCUCCUAAUCCCAACAAAACUGAUAUUACUCCACUGGUGGAAACUAGAAGCAAAGGGUAGCAGAAGGCAGAUGACUUUCCAUUGCUUUCUUUAGUUUAGGCUAGUGUAGAAUAUUUUUCUUUUAAAUAGGAUUUCGCGCAAAAAAUAAGCUCAGUCGAAACGCUAAGGCAGCUCCUCCUCGGUUCAACCAAUUCUCACUGAUGGUUUUUGUCGCCAGAACUGUGCAGCUUGAAGCGGAUGGUCCUCCAAUACGUACAUUAUUCCAAAGGCCGCUAAUAAUAUUUAAAUUUUAUUGCCAUUUCAUUUUGUUUGUGGCUUGAUCAUGCCCAGCACCGAUAUUGAUUAAUGCAUUGCAAUUUUUCUUCCUUUUUAUCGGACUAAAUCAUCGCAUGAUUUACUUCCUUUCACACUUAACCAUUUGGUUAGCUAAAUACAAUCAGCUCUCGGUACCGAACUAGUCUGGCAGUAGUCGUACUAGUCCUCACCACUCGGUUACCUAUCUGCGAAGGAAUUUGCAAAAAAUCAAGUGAAUAGUAAUGCACAAUAAGAUGAUCGCGAUCUAAAGGUUGAUUUCGCUGGCAUGAUACGUUCGAUUUUUAAAGACUGGAAUCAAUUGGAAACCAACAGGGCAAUCAGCAGCAGGGUCUCAUUUGGCAGUAAAUCAGGACAAACAAACGGCAGCGUCUAAACAAAUGCAAAGGUGCACGUACAGUGCUGCUAACUGGUUGCGACGCAACUCAAACUAGCUGGACAAUGGUCAAUCAGAUCAGAAAUCUUUUACAAUCCUUUAAGAACAAUCUUUCCGUCGUUUAGCGAGCUUGAUUGUGGCACAAACACAGAGAGUACCCAAGCAUUCGGUGCUUACUCGCAUUCAGUGAACGAAUCAUAACCCCAAAGGAGGGCGCAUCUUGGCUUGGCAUAUCAUACGUAUGUGGUGUAAACCUAAUUUCCUGUAGUACAAAAGGGCAAGCAAGAGAUCACGGAAGAAUGAUGUACCGUGGGAACCGUUUAAACAGAAAACGGCUAGAGCCUGGUUAGGAAGUAGAGCGUGCGCGACAAGAAAAAACACCCGACACCUAAAACAGCGUCCCAGUGCAUUUAUCUGUGUUACAACAGAAUCUUGCGAAUGAAUUCGUGAUGUAUUUCUAUUUUAGUACUUUAUUACGUUUUAUUUUAGCUAACACGCUUGUUGCACCAUGUGUGUUGUAGGGUAAUCCUCUCUUCCUGGUCUUCUAUUUUGCGGCAGCUUUGGCCGAGCUGCUCCAGAACAACAAUUUGAGCGGGACAAAACCAAUCCCGAAAACUUUCGCAACCUCACAACCGGUGAUCUAUGAAGAAUGCAUAAAAGAAGAAAAAAAGUAGAAUAGCUAUAGCCGCCUGUAGAGAUGGACAGAUGGAGAGCACGAACUCGAAUGGUAUUUAGGUGUUUUUACUGUGUUAUAAUGUUUUUAAUCCAACAAUGUGUACUGUGUGGUCUUAACUGCAAAACAAAAAAACAUAAUGAACACAUUUACGAGUCGCAGGUAGCCAGCGGUAGAGAUCCAAUACACUUUUAUGGUUUAGUUUUUUUUUGUUACUUUUUUUUCCUUUACUAUCUCGGGGAGGACCAUAAUCAAGUAAACGGUAGCUGAUGCUUACCCUUAACGGUGUUCGGCUAGAGAAGGAGCUCUGUAAAUUAUUGUCAUGCAAAUGUUUCUUUCUCGCAAAAUUUCUUCUGUUUUAGUAUCUACGCUACACGAUGCUGAGAGGUGUACAAGCUAAUUAUUUAUAGAUUCGAAACCGUUUCAAUCAUGAUUACGAAUAUAUAAAUAUAUAUACAUACAUAAAUAUAUCUAUAUAUAUACAUAUACAAAUUUACGUAUAGAUUAUACACGUAUUGAGCAUUCUUCCUGAAUGUGUAACGCACUCCCGUCUCUCUAACCUCCUGUAAUAUUGUAAAGUAAUCACAAGUCCUCGCUCCAGCCUGGCCGCGAAUGCAGCGAUGCAGCAGUCAAGCUAGAGGAGGACAGCUCGUCAUAACGGACGAAUUUAAGGCUAAAGUGUGUAUUGUCAGUACGUCGGUCGUCCAGAAAAAAACACAAGAUAGUUCGCUUAACAGUUCUUUUUUUAUACAUGUCUACAAAAAAAAUCAACAAACAAA